AUGACUCUCCCUGAACAAACUCAACAUCAUGCCCACCCUACUGAAUUGGCUCGUGAAAUGUCUACCAACACAAUGAUCAAGACCGAACAACAGCUCCGCGAAGAGAUCGCCGCAUUAAAACGUGAAGAAGAAAACCUCAAGAAGAUUGAUGAAGAAAUCAAGCAAAACCUGGAGAUUGUACAUGAGAAGCGAGUUGCUGCUGAGGAUCAUGACGCCUAA